GGGCCGACGCCGGGCCGGCGGGCGGGGUGCGCAGCUCGUCUCCUGCGGGAGCAGCGGGGGCCGCGGAGCUGGAGCAGGAGCCCGAGCCGGGGCUGGAGUCGGGGCUGGGGCCGGGCCGGAGCGGGCUCCAGCGACAUGGGGUCGGCCGACUCCAAGCUGAACUUCCGGAAGGCGGUGAUACAGCUCACCACCAAGACGCAGCCCGUGGAAGCCACCGAUGAUGCCUUUUGGGACCAGUUCUGGGCAGAUACAGCCACCUCGGUGCAGGAUGUGUUUGCGUUGGUGCCGGCAGCAGAGAUCCGGGCUGUGCGGGAAGAGUCACCCUCGAACCUGGCCACCCUGUGCUACAAGGCCGUCGAGAAGCUGGUGCAGGGAGCCGAGGGCGGCUGCCACUCGGAGAAGGAGAAGCAGACCGUCCUGAACUGCAGCCGGCUUCUCACCCGCGUGCUGCCCUACAUCUUCGAGGACCCCGACUGGAGGGGCUUCUUCUGGUCCACAGUGCCCGGGGCAGGGCGAAGAGGGCAGGGGGAGGAGGACGACGAGAACGCCCGGCCCCUGGCCGAGUCCCUGCUCCUGGCCAUUGCCGACCUGCUCUUCUGCCCGGACUUCACGGUCCAGAGCCACCGGAGGAGCACCGUGGACUCGGCGGAGGACGUCCACUCCCUGGACAGCUGCGAGUACAUCUGGGAGGCCGGCGUGGGCUUCGCUCACUCCCCCCAGCCUAACUACAUCCAUGACAUGAACCGGAUGGAGCUGCUGAAGCUGCUGCUGACGUGCUUCUCCGAGGCCAUGUACCUGCCCCCGGCUCCAGAAAGUGGCAGCACCAACCCAUGGGUUCAGUUCUUCUGUUCCACCGAGAACAGACACGCCCUGCCCCUCUUCACCUCCCUCCUCAACACCGUGUGUGCCUAUGACCCUGUGGGCUACGGGAUCCCCUACAACCACCUGCUCUUCUCCGACUACCGGGAGCCCCUGGUGGAGGAGGCUGCCCAGGUGCUCAUCGUCACCCUGGACCACGACAGUGCCACCAGCGCCAGCCCCACGGUGGAUGGCACCACCACCGGCACGGCCAUGGACGACGCUGAUCCCCCAGGCCCCGAGAACCUGUUUGUGAACUACCUGUCCCGCAUCCAUCGUGAGGAGGACUUCCAGUUCAUCCUCAAGGGCAUAGCCCGGCUGCUGUCCAACCCCCUGCUCCAGACCUACCUGCCCAACUCCACCAAGAAAAUCCAGUUCCACCAGGAGCUGCUGGUUCUCUUCUGGAAGCUCUGUGACUUCAACAAGAAAUUCCUCUUCUUUGUGCUGAAGAGCAGCGACGUGCUGGACAUCCUGGUCCCCAUCCUCUACUUCCUCAAUGAUGCCCGAGCCGAUCAGUCUCGGGUGGGCCUGAUGCACAUUGGCGUCUUCAUCCUGCUGCUCCUGAGCGGGGAGCGGAACUUCGGGGUGCGGCUGAACAAGCCCUACUCAGUGCGUGUGCCCAUGGACAUCCCGGUCUUCACGGGCACCCACGCCGACCUGCUCAUCGUGGUGUUCCACAAGAUCAUCACCAGCGGGCACCAGCGGCUGCAGCCCCUCUUCGAUUGCCUGCUCACCAUCGUGGUCAACGUGUCUCCCUACCUCAAGAGCCUGUCUAUGGUGACUGCCAACAAGCUGCUGCACCUGCUGGAGGCCUUCUCCACCACCUGGUUCCUCUUCUCCGCUGCCCAGAACCACCACCUGGUCUUCUUCCUCCUGGAGGUCUUCAACAACAUCAUCCAGUACCAGUUUGAUGGCAACUCCAACCUGGUCUACGCCAUCAUCCGCAAGCGCAGCGUCUUCCACCAGCUGGCCAACCUGCCCACCGACCCUCCUGCCAUCCACAAGGCCCUGCAGCGGCGCCGGCGGACGCCCGAGCCCUUGUCCCGCACUGGCUCCCAGGAGGGCGCCUCCAUGGAGGGCUCCCGCCCCGCCGCCCCCGCGGAGCCCGGCACCCUCAAGACCAGCCUGGUGGCCACCCCAGGCAUUGACAAGCUGACAGAGAAGUCCCAGGUGUCAGAGGAUGGCACCUUGCGGUCCCUGGAGCCUGAGCCCCAGCAGAGCUCAGCAGAUGGCAGCCCAGCCAAGGGGGAGCCCAGCCAGGCGUGGAGGGAGCAGCGGCGACUGUCCAACACGUCAGCCAGCGGACAGUGGAGCCCAACGUCGGAGUGGGUCCUCUCCUGGAAGUCGAAGCUGCCGCUGCAGACCAUCAUGAGGCUGCUGCAGGUGCUGGUCCCCCAGGUGGAGAAGAUCUGCAUCGACAAGGGCCUGACGGAUGAGUCGGAGAUCCUGCGGUUCCUGCAGCAUGGCACCCUGGUGGGGCUGCUGCCCGUGCCCCACCCCAUCCUCAUCCGCAAGUACCAGGCCAACUCGGGCACCGCCAUGUGGUUCCGCACCUACAUGUGGGGCGUCAUCUAUCUGAGGAACGUGGACCCACCUGUUUGGUACGACACGGAUGUGAAGCUGUUUGAAAUUCAGCGGGUAUGAGAAUGGAAACCUGCAAGGGGCUGCGUCCAGACGCUUCCUGGACCCACCGUUCUGAGCUUUAAAUUACCACGAUCAGGGCCGGGCACAGGCAGAUGGCUGAGUCCUGGGUGGCAGGCCCCAGAGGGCCCCCUGUGGUCGGGACAAUGAGGACCGGCUCCGACCCCCACCCUCCAGUCUGGACUCACAGGAACCUCCUGCCUCCAGGGCUACAGGCCCUGCCAGACCCCCUCACUCGGAUGCCCCUUUCAGGGGACUUUUCUGUGCUGACCCCUCAGUGCCCACUUGCCCCCAGAAGCCACCAGGUCACUGUGCCCAUGGGUUUGCCCAAGGAGCCAUGGGCUGUCCCUUGAGGCACCUGGCAGGGCGAGGGGAGUCCUUCCCAGCCUCCUAAGCUGAAGUCACCUGUUCCAGGUCCACUCCCUGCCAGGGUCCGUGGGAAGGGCCAGGCUGUCCCUCUGGGAGGCUGGCAGACUGCAAAAGCCAGACUGGGGCUCCUCGUGUAUUCUUGGGGCUUAGAGUGGGGUGUUGAGGGUCUCCCUUCUACCCCAGAAAUGGGGGGAGGGAAGGGAGCUGGGGGGUAGCUGUUCAGUCCUCCCUGCCCAGCCUGCUGCCUGAGUGGGGGAUGCCACCCCAACAUCCUCCCCGGCUCUGCCCGCGGGAGCCCCCCCCCCCCGUGUCAGUACAAUCUUUGCUCUGUACAAUCGGCCCCUUUACACAAUAAACCCCCUUCUUCCC